CAAUUUAUUUCCCUGGUCAAAAAUAAUAAUUGUAUCACACACAGGCCCGUUGAGAGAGCAGGGAGGCCGGGGCUCGCUGCCCCUGGCAACAGACAAACAAACAAACAAACAAACAAACAAACAAACAAACAAUUCAGGUCAAUUAAUACAGAACAUUUCAACAUUGCUAAAACAAGUACCAGCUGCAGCCCUCAGCCUUGUGCGGGCAGGUCGCGUUUGCCGCCCCGCCGUUACAUAAACAAAGCCAAUCCGAUGAGUUUUUGUUUCCAGGGUGAGAUUGCGCUCCACUCCGCUCCAGACUCUCCAGUCCUGCGCACUGAACCGACGCGCUGCUGCGCUAGUCUGAUGGACGCGCUGGCAAAAACACUCUCUGCAUUUAUUUGUGAUCUACAGUGAGAGACGCUGCCUGCGUGUGUGUGACUCGCAGGGGCAGCACACGCCUCAGUCCUGCUCUCUGAUCUCCACUGGGUUUUAUUUUGAAGUGUGGAUUUUUUGAGAAAUUUGUUCAGAAGACAAAGCUGGAUUGUGAUAGAAAAGAUUAAGUGAUGGAGCCUUUCAAUGUUAAAGAGGAGAGUCCUGUACUAGAAUCAGUCCAUAUUAAAGAUGAGAGUCCUGAACUAGAAUCAGUCCAUAUUGAAGAGGAGCUUCCUGAACUAGACCCUGUCCAUGUUAAAGAGGAGGGUAACCAUUUUAAAACAAGCAGCUUGCAGGGCUCUCUGUCCUGUACAGAAUGUGGAAAGAGUUUCAGUCGUUUACAAAACCUGAAACUUCACCAGCGAAUCCACACUGGAGAGAAACGGCAUGUCUGUGCUGACUGUGGGAAGAGUUUCAGACAGUCAAGCCACUUAAACAUGCAUCAGCGAAUUCACACAGGAGAGAAACCGCAUGUCUGUGCUGACUGUGGGAAGAGCUUCAGCCUGUCAGGCAAUUUUAAAAUGCACCGGAGAAUUCACACUGGAGAGAAACCAAAUGUCUGUGCUGACUGUGGGAUGAGUUUCAGGAGAUUAGCAUCUCUGAAAGAACACCAGCGAAUUCACACAGGAGAGAACCCAUAUGUCUGUUGUGACUGUGGGAAGAGUUUCAGCCAGUUAAGCAACUUGAAAUUGCAUUUGCGAAUUCACACAGGAGAGAAACCACAUGUCUGUGCUGACUGUGGAAAGAGUUUCAGCCUGUCAGGCAAUUUGAAAAUGCACCAGCGAACUCACACUGGAGAGAAACCAAAUGUGUGUGCUGACUGUGGGAAGAGUUUCAGGACAUUAGGAAAUCUUAAAGACCACCAGCGAAUCCACACUGGAGAGAAGCCAUAUGCCUGUGCUGACUGUGGGAAGAGUUUCAGUCAGUCAAGAACUUUGAAAAACCACCAGUUAAUUCACACAGGAGAGAAACCACAUCACUGUCAUGACUGUGGGAAGAGUUUCAGAUGGAAAUUCAAACUGAAACUUCACCAGCGAAUUCACACUGGAGAAAAUCCACAAAUCUGUGCUGACUGGUGCGGCAUGAAAUGAUUAUUAAUGCAAUCGAUUAAUCUGUCAGCUGGUGCUUCGAUUAAUCGAUUAUUUGGGGGUAACCAGAUGGAGGAGGAAGAGAUUUUGAUCCUAGUGCAAAAAAUAUGUUUAGUCAGAAUGUGAGUGUGUGUUCAUUCACCCGCACUGAGAAAUCCCAGUCGUUUUAACCCUUAAGGUCCGACAUUACAAUUUCACCUUUCCAGUCUGAUGUCGGACCCUGUAAAACGUUGUCAAAAAGACGUCAAGCACAGGUCUCUAGUCGUUUUUUCUACGGAAAAAGCCGAGAAAAUCUUUCAAUGGCCGAGUGGGAGCGAUAGGAGCCGAAUGAAGCUGAAAAAAGGACGUAUCUCAUAGCCCCAUCCACUACAGAGAUAACACGGACAUAACAAAGGAGACAGCUGCUUCUGCAUCCAGCGCUCAAAGAACAUCACAGAGCUGAGCUUUGAGAUGUUAUAGUAAUAAAAUAAUGACUCUGAUCGCGUUAUUGAGGAGUUUGGUGAUAAAACAAGUGAUCAGGAGAGGAUUUAUCAGUAUGCACGUCUAUAAAGAGGUGUGUGAAAAAUACAGCACAUUUUUUUACUCUGAAAAAAAUAUUUUAAGCAGCGCUUGUGAAAAUAACCUGGACCCAACCCGCCUGACGAGCGCUGAAUAAACGGACCGCUAAGGGUUAAACAGCAGCUUAAUAUAAAAACUGUGAGCUCCCUGGUGAGUGUCUACAGCUGAUACAGAGCCUUCAAUCCUACGCCCUCUAGUCCCGCGGGCGGAACACGGUACUGCACGUAAACAUUAUAUUUCAUAACUCAUUUGUAAUAUUAUUACAAAAGCAAAACAGAAAAAAAAGCUGACUCGAUAUCAAAAUUGUUGUUUUCCUACCGUCAAACAGCGAAGGAAUUUUUCGAAUCCGUCAUUUCGCCGCUGAGAUAUCCCAUUCGCAAUGUGUCUAGUACCCCCAUGCAUUCAAAACAAAAGCAAUCGACUAGCUUGCGUUUUGCUGCUCUGGUCUUACAACCUUGAUGACGGUGAAAUCUCCCUGAUCACGUUGUAGGGGAGGUCACAAGCUUUCCAUUCAUACCUUUACUUUGUUUGUAGCCCAAUCCAUCACAGAGUAAUCGAUGUGCAAACAAACACGCCCACCUCUUGAAUGAGAUAAGGGGGGAAAAAAGCCUUUCAAAGGCAAAUGCAUGUGUCAAUGGAUAGCAUGUGAGGUGCCAGAAGAUAACAUCCCUUUUAGAACUUAGUGUAUCACUGGACAUAAAGAUUUACACAAUGAUUAUUUUUGGAGAGGUUUGGGGACCCUUGGGCUUAGCUUUGUAAAAACUCCUGUAGAAUUUGAUCCUUUUGUUCAAACAGUUUCAAAUUUU